AUGGGUUCUAAUAUGAAUAACGGGCUGUUUUCAGGUAUCAACAUUGCCGUCAAGGCGACAAUUAUCGGUGAUGGUAUAUCACGGAAGCUCGUUUUUACCACUGACAGAAACAAAUUGCUGUCCAAGGAACAGAUCAUUAGAGAAAUCUGCACUCACGCAACGGCACCUCAACUGAAGAGCACAUUAGCCUCUUGUUCUACAGAGAACAUUCAGCUGCAAAGGAAGAGUAAGAAAUCAGGCCGUUAUGUGGAACUUGCCUCCGUUGAAGAUUUUUCCAGUUUGAAGAGGAGCCUGACUGUGAAGAGCCACCUGAAACUGAACGUGUUCAUCAAGUCCGCCGCUACUGAGGAAAAAGAAGGUAUUGAUUACACUGCAGAGGUCCAGAAAAUCCUGAAACGCAUUGAGGAUUUAUUUAGCAGCAACGACAACAGAAAUCUUAAAAAUCUAAGCAACUCGAUCUCCGACAAUUUGAGCAACUUGGACAUCCUCAAGUUCUUGGGAAGCUUGGUGGACACCAACUUUUCCAAAAUCAUUUUGAAGAUGAAUGAGCCUUCCAAGAGUUCUGAAUUCAAGUCGGCCUACAGAAAUGUUUUUUGUGACGGAUGCGACGCUCACAUUACUGAAACCAGGUACAAAUGUACUCAGUGUGCAAACUUCGACCUAUGUUCAAAUUGCGAGGCCAAAAACGUGGAGGUCAACGGCCACACGAGCCAGCAUCAGUUACUGAAAAUAGACCUAGCUGGCCAAUCAGGUUCGAUUCCAGUCAAUGAGACGCUAUCCAGGAUGGACAUGGACACCAUGUCUCCACUGCUAUCAAUUGAAUCAGCUCAUGUUUACGACAAGAACGUUUCAGACGAGCUAUUGGAUUUGGGAGCAAACAACGGCGAGAAGCUAAAAGAGCUGACUUUCAAGUGCACCCAAUUCGAUUCUCUUUUAGAGAUGGUGGAUGCUCCUGAAGAUGGAAAGGUCCCUCUGCUUGUCCAGCUGAUUGAGGAUCACAAUAUGAUGAAGAAUUACAACGCAGGCACUAAAGCCAUCGAGGUUUCUUGCGCGAAGCAGAAUUCGAGAAUUUUUCAGCUGGCACUCACCAAUCGCCUCUCGCGCGAUAUCUUGAGACCAGAGCUCAGAACAUCUGUUGGAGAGGUCAAGAAGACAUACAUGAUUACCCCAAAUGUGUUCAAGAAUGGAAGUACUCGGUAUCUGAUGCUCGAUACUGCAGACUGGGGUGAUCUGUUUUCCAGCACUGAUUCGAUCUUGAACGGCACUCUAGCGUUCAACCUAGAAGUUUGGGAGGAUCAAGCACUUGUCGCAAAAGGUGGCUUAGAUUUUAACUCCGGAAAUGCCCUGUCUUUGCUUGUUGGUGUCAGCGAUCCGAAAUCCGUGCCUAGGGAACAUUUGGAGGAAACCGGUAGCACUUUAAAAGAGUCGGAGCCGGAGUUCGUUAUGGUGGACGGAGAUCUUUCUGACUCGUGUCAAUCGGCAGACGAUAAUUCAUUGAUGGAUGAGUACGACAUCCUUUCUUCAGCGGACUGUGAAGACUAA